CUGACCCUUACAGAUUCCACAUCCGUUUUUAAAAUUCAGGCUAUAAAAUAUAAAGUACCAUCAAACUGUUUCCAGCCGACAUCGCCACGCAGCUGGUUGGUCAAUCCAUUGAGGCUUAACCCGUGGUGGUUGAUCUUUUUGUCGAUGCUUCCGGCAAUGUUCUUCAGUAUUCUGAUUGCCAUGGACCAGAACAUUACGUCCGUCAUCGUCAACAGGAAGGACAAUAAAAUUCAGAAAGGAUACGGCUACCAUUUGGAUUUGGCAGUGAUCGCUUUGCUGAUGAUCAUGUGCUCGUCUUUCGGCAUCCCGUUUUAUGUCGCUGCCACUGUGGUCUCGUUGAUGCACGUGCACAGCCUUCGACUGAUGUCUGAAACCGCAGCUCCUGGCGAAAAGCCUGAAUUUCUGGGUAUUCGGGAACAGAGAGUCACUGCUUUGACGGCUCAUGUCUUCGUGGCACUGUCGUUAUUCAUAACUCCAGUGAUGAAGCUGAUUCCCGUACCGGUGUUGCUCGGCAUAUUUCUUUACAUGGGCAUCGUGUCUCUGCACGGACAACAGUUUAUCGAUCGCCUUUUAAUCAUUUUCAUGCCGACCAAAUACCAGCCGGACGAACCAUGGCUUAGAAAAGUGAGGAUAAAGCGAGUUCACCUGUUCACCUUGAUACAGUUGGCUGCUUUUAUCGGGUUGACGGUUGUCGAGGAAAUCAAAAUGAUUUCGAUGGCCUUUCCUCUAAUGUUGAUGGUAAUGGUCUGCAUCCGGAAAUUCGUCAUGGAGAAGAUAUUUCUCGAAAAGGAGUUGAGGGCACUGGACGACCCUCUCCCACCGUGGCACGAAAUGAUUCGACCGUCCAACAAGCCCCUCAUGCCUACGAUCGACUCCGACAAAACGAAGAAGAACGAGCAAACAGUUGAACUUAUUUCAAGAAGUUUCGAUUGUUAA